AUGGGCCGUUCAAGGACAACCUUCAAACGUAUUCCAAAUGAUAAAGCUCGAAAAGAAACUUUCAUGCAGAGAAGGAAGGGACUAAUGAAGAAAGUAUCCGAAUUUUCAACUAUGUGUGGAGUUGAAGCUUGCUUAAUUGUGUAUGAUGAGAAUGGGGAUGCUCAACCUAUGACUUGGCCCCGAGACCCUAUAAAGGCACACUCUAUCAUUGAAAAGUAUGAGCGUCAAAAAAAUAAGAAACCCCUCAAGGCCUUUGAUCUUGAAGACUUUUUCAAGAAUAAGAAGAACAUGGUUGAAGCUGAGAUUUCCAGAGUGAAUAAAGAUAUCUUGAAGACAAAGUAUCCAACUUGA